AUAUAAUCGACUUGAUCCCUUUGUCUGUCCUUGUUUGUACCCCUCUAUGUUUAGCCCUUUGUGGACAAUAAAGGAAUAAAUAUCUAAGCAAGAAACGGAAAAGAGGUCCGUAGCAUCGAACUCCAUCCUUCACCAGAAGCCGCUCCGAGACAAUGGUGGAAAGUGGAAAGAUGAUUACAAUGGCGGUGCUCCAGCAUGGCCACGGCCAUUGGACUGAAAACAUUAUAAGAGAAUACAACAAAUAUCUAAACAUUAAACCAGCAAAAAACAAAAGUAAGUACCAUGGUGUGUUCAAUGACAUUAAGGAGAAGACCCCAAAAUUACACUUCUUUUGAAGUACCGUCAGAUGGUAGCUUUAUUGAUUGUGAAGACUGCAAUGAAGAGUAUACUGGUGACUGUCCUAAUCAUGGCCCACUCCUUGUGGUUUCAGAUAAGAAGGUUGCGAAAGAAACUCCGAAUCGAGCCAAAUUAACUGCUCCACCUUGUGUGUCUAUCACCAAAUCAAAAAUCCCAGGAGCUGGUCUUGGAGCCUUUGCUCUUAUUACAAUUCAUGCUAGAAGCAGGUUUGGCCCUUACGAAGGAAAAAUUAUUAAUGAUUCGGAUGAUGUCCAUGCAUCUGGUUACAGUUGGAAGAUUGAAAAGAAUGGAAAACACAUCCAUUCUGUUGAUGCAAAGAAUGUGAAACUCUCUAAUUGGUUGCGAUAUGUAAACUGUGCAAGGACCGACGAAGAACAGAAUUUAACUGCUGUUCAGAAAAAUGGUAAUAUUUACUAUAGAACAUUAAGAAACAUUGAUCCUGGUGAAGAAUUACUUGUUUGGUAUGGAGAGGAAUAUGCCAAAUAUCUUGGUAUCUCACAAGGUGGACAACUGAAAGCAAAGACUGUGUCCACUGUUGGAGCAAAAUUAUCAGAAACAAUCAGUUCAGCAGGUAACUGCCGUUCUUCAAUUUCACGGAAUGGUAAAUUUCCUGGCAGUACCAAAGUGUUUGAAGACUCGAAGCAACAUAGAAUUAAUUUGUCACGAAAAAAUAAUAAAAUACAAACACAAUUUAUUAAGAGUGACACAAACUGUAUAGGGGAUCAUUUAUUGAAUUGCAGUAAUGGGAAUUCCAAAGAGAAACCAUUCCAGUGUGAGGACUGUGGAAAGACAUUCUCUAAUUCUUGUAUAUUCACAAAACACAAGGAAAUACAUUCUGGAGAGAAAGCAUUCCAGAAUAAGGAUUUCGGAAAGAAAUUUUCUGACUCUAGUAUAUUCAAAAAACACAAGAAAAUACAUUCCGGAAAGAAAGCAUUCCAGAGUAAGGAUUUCGGAAAUAAAUUUUCUGACUCUAGUAUAUUCAAAAAACACAAGAAAAUACAUUCCGGAAAGAAAGCAUUCCAGAGUAGGAUUUCGGAAAGAAAUUUUCUGACUCUAGUAUAUUCAAAAAACACAAGAAAAUACAUUCCGGAAAGAAAGCAUUCCAGAAAAAUACAUUCCGGAAAGAAAGCAUUCCAGAGUAAGGAUUUCGGAAAGAAAUUUUCUGACUCUAGUAUAUUCAAAAAACACAAGAAAAUACAUUCCGGAAAGAAAGCAUUCCAGAGUAAGGAUUUCGGAAAGAAAUUUUCUGACUCUAGUAUAUUCAAAAAACACAAGAAAAUACAUUCCGGAAAGAAAGCAUUCCAGAGUAAAGAUUUCGGAAAGAAAUUUUCUGACUCUAGUAUAUUCAAAAAACACAAGAAAAUACAUUCUGGAAAGAAAGCAUUCCAGAGUAAGGAUUUCGGAAAGAAAUUCACUGAUUCUAGUGACUUAAGUAAACAAGUGAGAAAAUACAUUGGAGACAAACCAUUCCAAGGUAAGAAACGUGGGAAGUCACUCCGUCAUUCCGGUGCCUUAAAAAUAUGUGAGCGAAGACAAACUGGAAAGAAACCAUGGAAGAAACAGUGGAAGACAGUCUCUCAUUUUGAUGAUUUCAAAAGACGUGAGAGAAUACAAAAUGGAGAGAAACCAUUCCAAGGUAAAAAACAGAAGACAUUCUGUCUUUCUGGUGAUUUCAAAAGACGUGAGCGAAGACAAACUGGAAAGAAACCAAUUUGUUCUGAAAAGUGUGAGAAGUCAUUCUGUGAUUUUGAUGCCUUAAAGACACGUGAGCCAAGACAAAAUGGAGAGAAACCAAUUCGUUCUGAAAAAUGUGAUAAGCCAUUCUGUGAUUCUGAUCCCUUAAAAACGCAAAAGAGAAUAAAUAUUGGAGAGAAACGAUUCCAAGGUAAGAAACAGAGGAAGACACUCUCUCAUUUUGGUGAUUUCAAAAGACAUGAGCGAAGACAAAAUGGAGAGAAACCAAUUCGUUCUGAAAAAUGUGAGGAGUCAUUCUAUGAUUCUGAUGCCUUAAAGAUGCAAAAGAGAAGAAAUAUUGAAGAGAAACGAUUCCAAUGUAAAAAGUGUGAGAAGUCAUUCUGUCGUUCUGGUGAUUUCAAAAGACAUCAAAGAAUCCACUCUGGAAAGAAACCAUUUGAGUGUAAGGAAUGUAAGAUGUCGUUCAGUCAGUUUGGGAACUUAAACAGACACAAGAAGAUACAUUCUGGAGAGAAACCAUUUGGUUGUAAGAAGUGUGGCAGGAGAUUUUCUCAGUCUACGAACUUAAUAAGACACCAGAGGACCCAUAGCGGAGAGAAACCCUUUCAGUGUAAGGAAUGUGGGAAGAAAUUCUCUGACUCGACAAACUUAAAUAAACAUCGAAGGAUCCACUCUGGAGAGAAACCAUUCCGGUGUAAGAAGUGUGGAAAGGCUUUCUCGCAGUCUGUUAACUUAGCAGUUCAUCAAAGAGUCCACACGGGCGAGAAGCCAUAUCAGUGCAAGAAGUGUGGGAAGGAGUUCGUUCAGUCUGGGCACUUAACGACACAUACCAAAGUACAUAGUAAAAAGAAACCAUGGCAAUGA